AUGCCGUCGCAGCCCACCUCCCUGCACUACGCGAGCCCCUACCAGCUGAGCGCCUACGCGCUGGCGCUGAAGGCGGUGGGGGAGAUCAUCCAGGACUACGACAGCGACAAACUCUUCCCCGCCUACGGCUUCGGCGCCAAACUCCCCCCCGAUGGGAUGCCGUCGCAGCCCACCUCCCUGCACUACGCGAGCCCCUACCAGCUGAGCGCCUACGCGCUGGCGCUGAAGGCGGUGGGGGAGAUCAUCCAGGACUACGACAGCGACAAACUCUUCCCCGCCUACGGCUUCGGCGCCAAACUCCCCCCCGAUGGCAAGAUCUCCCACCAGUUCCCCCUGAACAACAACGCGGAGAACCCCAGCUGCGCCGGCAUCGAGGGCGUGCUGGAGUCCUACCUGCAGAGCCUGCGCACCGUUCAGCUCUACGGCCCCACCAACUUCGCCCCCGUCAUCAACCAGGUGGCUGGGACGGCUGCCCAGGUGACCGAUGGCUCGCAGUACCAUGUCCUCCUCAUCAUCACCGAUGGCGUCAUCUCCGACAUGAUGCAGACCAAGGAAGCCAUCGUCACCGCUUCUGCCUUGCCCAUGUCCAUCAUCAUCGUGGGAGUGGGGCCGGCUGAGUUUGAGGCCAUGGAGGAGCUGGACGGUGACGAGGUACGAGUGUCCUCCCGGGGACGUUACGCCGAGAGGGACAUUGUGCAGUUUGUGCCAUUUCGGGAUUACGUGGACGAUUCGGGAAACCAGGUGCUGAGCAUGGCCCGUCUGGCCAAGGACGUACUGGCCGAGAUCCCCGAGCAGCUGCUCUCCUACAUGAAGACCCGCGACAUCAAACCUCGCCGCGCAGACCCCCAGUAG